GAAAGACGCUUUCCUUUUUAAUUUUUUUUCCAAGCGUUCACUUCCGGGUCCGGCGCCGAUCCGGAUGCUCGAGGCAGAAGGAUGUUUGACCUCCGGAUAAGCGAGGCGCCGCUGUGCAUUCAUUCCCGGCUGCAUUGGUGGCGACAGCCGCGGCCCGGGCGGCGACUCUCCGGCCAGAGGCGGCGGUAGGACGCACCGGCAGUAGUGCGGCGAACGAGUCCGAGCUGCGUUAUCUCCCUCGCUCGUUCCUUCCCCCCUACCUCGCUCGCUCCCUCCCUGCGUGCCUCGCUUUCCUCCUCCGGCCGCCGGCGGGUGCGAUGUGCCGCCGCCGCUGCCCCAGCCGCCGCUGACUGACGGAGCGGGGGGCGCCGCCCGCGCCCGGGACCGACCCGCCACUUGCGGCCGCGCCUUUGAGGUCACUAUCAAUAUCAGCUCACAUCAUUGAAAAGAUAAUUUUGAAGACAUGUUUUGCUGAAAAGAAAACUGAGAAAAAUUUUACGAAUGGGAUGAACACGCAUCAGUUAAUUGACUACCUACUGCAAUUUGAAUGUUAACAUUACCCACCUGGUACAGUUACCUAGUGAUGUACCUAUUCUCACGAUACCCUAUUUCAGUGUGGUUGUCUUGAUUAAAGAAUUCAAAGUGGAGUACCGCAAACUUGAUAUGGAUAAUAAAAAGAAAGACAAGGACAAAUCAGAUGAUAGAAUGGCACGACCUAGUGGUCGGUCAGGACACAACACUCGAGGAACUGGUUCUUCAUCCUCUGGAGUUUUAAUGGUUGGACCUAACUUUAGAGUCGGAAAAAAAAUUGGAUGUGGGAAUUUUGGAGAAUUACGAUUAGGAAAAAAUUUAUAUACAAAUGAAUAUGUGGCAAUUAAACUGGAGCCCAUGAAAUCCAGAGCACCACAACUACAUUUGGAGUACAGAUUCUACAAGCAGUUAGGAUCUGGAGAUGGUAUACCUCAAGUUUACUAUUUUGGCCCUUGUGGGAAAUACAACGCUAUGGUGCUGGAACUGCUGGGACCUAGUUUGGAAGAUUUGUUUGAUUUGUGUGACAGAACAUUUUCUCUUAAAACGGUUCUCAUGAUAGCUAUCCAACUGAUUUCUCGCAUGGAGUACGUCCAUUCAAAGAACUUGAUAUACAGAGAUGUGAAGCCUGAGAACUUCUUAAUAGGACGACCAGGAAACAAAACCCAGCAAGUUAUUCAUAUUAUAGAUUUUGGUUUGGCAAAGGAAUAUAUUGAUCCAGAGACAAAGAAACACAUACCAUACAGAGAACAUAAGAGCCUUACAGGAACAGCUAGAUAUAUGAGCAUAAACACACAUUUAGGAAAAGAACAAAGUAGAAGAGAUGACUUAGAAGCUUUAGGUCAUAUGUUCAUGUAUUUUCUGAGAGGCAGUCUUCCUUGGCAAGGUUUAAAGGCCGACACAUUAAAAGAGAGGUAUCAGAAAAUUGGAGAUACAAAACGAGCCACACCAAUAGAAGUGUUAUGUGAAAAUUUUCCAGAAGAAAUGGCAACAUAUCUUCGUUAUGUAAGAAGGCUAGAUUUUUUUGAAAAACCAGACUAUGACUACCUAAGAAAACUUUUUACUGACUUGUUUGAUCGAAAAGGGUAUAUGUUUGAUUAUGAAUAUGACUGGAUUGGUAAGCAGUUGCCUACUCCAGUGGGUGCAGUUCAGCAAGAUCCUGCUCUGUCAUCAAACAGAGAAGCACAUCAACACAGAGAUAAGAUACAACAAUCCAAAAAUCAGUCGGCAGACCACAGGGCAGCUUGGGACUCCCAGCAGGCAAAUCCCCAUCAUUUGAGAGCUCACCUUGCAGCAGACAGACAUGGUGGCUCGGUACAGGUUGUAAGUUCUACAAAUGGAGAAUUAAACACAGAUGACCCUACUGCAGGACGUUCAAAUGCACCUAUCACAGCCCCUACGGAAGUAGAAGUGAUGGAUGAAACCAACUGCCAGAAAGUGUUGAACAUGUGGUGCUGCUGUUUUUUCAAACGAAGGAAAAGGAAAACCAUACAGCGCCACAAAUGACUCUGGACACAGACAGAUCAUGGGGAGUUACUUACAUGUUCAUCUGCUGUCUUGUGAUUAAAAUCAUCUCUGUAGUGACCACAUAUAUUUUCAAGGACUCACUGUUAGAAACAAAAAUGUCAUACUUUCAUACUUCAUUUUGUGGUUGUCUUACAUUCGUAUUUUUUUCUAAUUUAACUUUUAUGGAAGCUUUAAAGUUUUGUCAAAACAUGAGUGCUUUGCCCAUCAUUGAAUGGAAUGGACCAAUGAGGUGGUAUUGAUGAAUUACAGUUCUGUAGAACAUUUUUCAGAAGCUCUCCUCCUGUUGUAGAAAGCAGUACAGGAUCUUAAAUGUCAACCAGUUAUAUACCUAAUCUGAUUUUUAUAACUUCUGUAAGAGAAUAAUCAAAGAGGAAUUUUCUCCCCAGUGGAUAAUGCAACAGAGAAAACAGAGUUGCCCAAAUAUUUAAAAGAAGUUAUCCCUUGAGAAGAUCAUUAUCUGUGUGACAUCUGCAUUGAUUUCACUGUUACUGUCGGUACUGCUAUUCAUGAGUCAUACUAACAUUCUCUCUGUGAAAUCAUGGUACAGUUACUGCCCAGAGGUACUGAGGAAAAAGCUCUAUGGGUUUGGCAGAUGGUAGUGGUAAAAUGAAUCACAAGUAGUGUGGUAAAUAUGAGCUCUGCUUUUGUUGCACCACUAUGUGAAGUACAGUGUUGUCAAAGUGGCAAAAGCGCUUAUUUUUUAAAAAUGCAAAAUAUUUGUAUAAUGUAACUUUAUGCUUCCAGAUAGUAAUGUAUGUUAGACAGCAAGAAAUGAAUACUUUGAGAAAUGAUAUAUGUUGGAGUUUUUUGAAAAAUACACUAAGGAGAAGGAAUAAAUGUGAAUCUCACCACAUCAUAUGAGGCUGAAGUCUAAGGAGAUCCCACUGAACCUGCUGCUGAACGAUUACAUUCUCCUUAAGCAGAAAACUUUGGAUGUGCCACACAAUGGUGUCUGUUUAUUAAUUAUUUGCCCUUUGAUUUAAAAAAAAGACCCUCAGCAAUAAAAACGGGGUCACUUUA